CGGAGUACGCUAAAGAGGAAUCCCGAGCCCCCCUGACGUUCCAAUCUCACCGAUUGCGGCUGGUAUGACGUCGAACGCGUACGUUUCGAAUAAGGAGGCGGGGGAGAUUCUGUCGAAGGAACUACUCGCCCUUACGCUGCGGGACCGCAACGAAAUCACGGAAGAGAUCCACGGGGUUUCCAGCAUGGCCGUAGAAGAAACCCCAGAGCUUCUGAUAAGAUCCCUUUCGAUGCUGGAAGAAGAACUUCAAGUGAUGCCAGAAUCCAAAAAGAAAUACUACACCAAGGCGCUGUCUCUUCCCGACUCGUACGUCCAGAAAGACCGCUUCAAGCUGCGGUUCCUCAGGACGUGUCUUUUUCGUCCGAAAGAGGCCGCAGAGAGGAUAAUCAAGCACCUGACCAACAUUGCAGAGUGUUUCGGGGAGCAGUGCCUACAGCGCCCGGUGUGCCUCGAUGAUUUUACCAAGAGCGAGCAGCGGACCAUGAAGAAGGGGGGCCUGCAGCUUCUUCCAUAUCGGGACCGGGCUGGCAGGCGAAUUUUGAUUUCCUUUCCAACAGACCAUAUCUCGGGGCUUACACCGGACGUCCGUGUAAGUUGGGUUGGGUUGGGUUGGGUUGGGUUACAAUGACAUGACUAAAGGACUCGUUAACACAUCGGAGAAAGUGAAAAGAGGAAGCUCACCAGUGUUUUCGCAUCUUUUUCUCUUUCUUGCCCAUCGUUUGUGGACGACGGGUGCUGCGAUUUCAAAUGAUCCUGAUACCUGUAUCGAAUCGCAAUGCUGUCGACCUGUGUAGGUGAAAAUUAGCUUGUACCUCACUUCCAUCGUCACGACCAACGGUCACGUCGAGGACCUGGAAACGCAGCGCAAAGGAAUUGUUGUCAUCAUGUGGUUCGAUCCAGAGUUCAAAAUGGGUGGGGGGAUGACCGGUAGCGCAGUCAAACGUCUGAAGCACCAAGCACCGGUUCGUGCCUCCGCCUUUCACAUCUGCGCACCAAAAACCCUCAAGUUUCGGUUUGGUCGGUUUUUGGUAACAAAGUCGGCUGUGUUGCCAAGGAUACGGCUGCAUCUUGGUGAGUGUCCCGUGUUAAGUAUUGAGCGAGGCAGUGUUAUGAUUUUGUUUGUCGUGCGCUUCCUUGCUGGAGAUGAACUCCAGCUACGGAGCACGACUGGGGACUUACACUGGACACUCUAAAUCGAUCCGAUUCGCACGACACAACACACUAUGCGACUCAUUGAAUUUUUUGUUCUUCGUCACUCGCCUGCUGCUGAAUUUUCCUUUUUCGGAGGGCAGGAUCGCCCAUGGAGCUACUGUAUACCCUUAAUUCUUUCGGAAUCCCAUCUCAAAACCUGCCGAUCACCAACGGUGGACAAAUCAAGACCACCUACAUAAUCCAAUGGUUCAAGACCCGAAAAAUCAUCGAGAGUGGCAACGCCGAGAGUAAAAUUGUAGUGGAGAGCCCGCAUUCGAGUGACGUUGUCUUUAAGCGGGGGGGAGGCGCGGUACACAACGCGGGGAACUCCAAAUUCCGGAGCAUCAUUCAGAAAAAGUAUGAGGAAGGGGAUUUUACGUACAAGACCCAGUCGGCGCUGGUUGAUGAACUCCAGAAAGAACUCACGCUGGGGGGCUUUCGGAUUGUCAUUUGGAACGAAAAACUUUCGCGGUUUGUUCAUAGCACCGACAAGAAGACCAUCCAAAGCAAGGUCGAGUACUCCAUCCGGUCCUUUCGGGAAAAGGAUUCUCAGUCUGUCAACCGGAGGACGGCGGAUGUGCUGCUAGAACACAACAAGACCUCGGGGGCGAUCACCCGCUCUCUCGACUUCGAUGUGUCGAGUAGCCGAAAGCGAUUCAAGUUCAUCGAUGGAAACAUGAACGCAAAUGGCAUCAACUUUUACGAUUGCGGCAGUGACAGUGACAGCGGCAGGGAAGACUUUUGCAAUUGCACGGCCCAGAAUUUAGUUAAGUUUCAUUUUGACUGAAGGAAUAAAUCGAACCAUGCGUUGCCUGUGAUGUGCCAAACCGCUUUGCGUGCCUAUCGAUUGCAGCGUUUAGGAUCGGAAAAGGGCAAAUGAAUUCCGCGGUUGAGAUUGCAGACACCACUGAGCGAAUUUUGCCUUCCAUUGCGACUGCCCUACUUUCCAUUCGAAUUGUGUGUGGUUUAGGAGAACGCGCACCCCAACAUUUUUGUCGCUGCGUUCGGAUCCUCUUGCAUCGGCAAACCGUCUUCCCUGGUAUGUGGCACGCUAGAAACGGCCAUUUGACUGCGGGGUUCACUCGAGCAACCUCGGGUUCUUUGAGGGCAUGGCGUCGUCGAAUGCCCUCAUCAUUCAUAUUAUCUAAUCAAAUCAAAAACGAUUGCAACUCUUGCGACGAAGAUUUCGGGUGGAAUCUUCUACUCGGCGGCGCGAUAACCCUUCCCCUAAUGCUUACAGCAGAAUUCGCGUUCGCCAGAUUGCCGUAUAUGCACCUCUUGCAGGCUUUUUGGCACUUUAGUUUGUCAAACUGGAGCACGCUACGCAAACUCAAAAGAAAUAAUUCACGUUGGUGCAUUAUAGUUUCGGGGGCUUCAACUUUAUUUUCCUCCUGUCAAAAAAAAAUCUUAAUAUUAUAUUUAACCUCGUGAACUAGAAGAGGCACUUUAUGGCCAGAACCAUAACUUUUGUUGGAAAGUAUAUGCUUCUAGCUG